UCCGGCGAGUCGAGCCGUGGCGAAGAUCCAAAUCGACAAGUGCACGCCAGGCGAAUCUCCCUUUUUCCACCGGAUGCGAGUGUCAUUCUCCCUUAUCUGGCAGACUGACAGUGCGCUAUCCACGACCUUGAGACCGUCCACUUACUGGAGGAGGAGAGAGUCUGAUCGGGACGGAGGUGGUAAUUAGAGGAGCAGUGGAAAAAGGAGGAGGAGGAAAAGAGAAAAGAAUAGUCACACGGACGGGUAGCUGAAACGAGCGAACUUAUCACAACUGCUGCGGGCGAAGCCGGAAAACGCGGCGGCGACGCGUCGCGGGAGGUGGAUCCUCGUCGUUUCCCGUUGUUUCGCGCACGUCGUUGCCCGUUACUCCGUUCCGCCGGCGAGGAGGCCGGCCGUUUUCGACGUUGCAUUCCCGCUUCUGUGCCCGUUGGGAUUGAUCGACCCAAGACUCCCUUUAUUCGAAGUACCAGAUAAACAGAAGGAAGUAUGAGCAAUCCCUACGCCGCGGUGUAUCCGCCGGGUCCGGGGUAUCCCGAGUUACAACAGCCGCCGAUCGCGACGGCACCGCCACCCGGUAUGUUCCCGAUGCCGAUGCCGAUGCCGCAGCCGCAGUCGCAGCCGCAGCCGCAGCCGCAGCCUCAUCCAAACGCAGCCGUAAUGCCGCAAGGUGGCUGGUCACCGCCGAGUACGACAUAUCCGUCAGGCUUGGAAUACCUUAUGGGCCUUGAUUACCUUUUCGUGGACCAGAAAGUUGAGCUGUUAGAAGCUUUCACCGGAUUUGAGACUAAAAACCGAUUCGCUGUUAUGGACAUGAUGGGCAAGCCGGUAUUCUACGUAGCCGAGGAGUCAGGCAUCUGUUCGCGAAUGUGUCUGGGCUCGGCUCGUCCCUGUGAAUUCUCCGUGUUCGAUGUGAACGGACGGGAGGUCCUUCGCAUGAUUCGACCUUUCAGAUGUGACAGUUGCUGUUGCCCCUGCUAUUUGCAGGUCAUGGAAGUAUAUUCCGGUGGCAUACUGCUCGGCAGCAUUACCCAAGAGUGGAGUCUUCUGCGACCAACGUUCUCCGUCCGCGACGCGAGCGGCAACCCAGUGCUGAUAAUAAAAGGGCCGAUCAUUCGUUUGUGCGUCGAAGUAGCUUUCAAGGUGAAAUCUUUAGACGAGAAACAUAAUGUAGGCAUGAUUCAGAAGCGCUGGAGCGGAUUCGCUCGGGAGGUUUUCACCGAUUCUGAUAAGUUCGGUAUAAAGUUCCCGCGAGACCUCGAUGUGAAGAUAAAGGCCGUACUGUUGGGAGCAUGUUUUUUGAUAGACUUUAUGUACUUUGAGGAUCGCAGUGGACACAACUAGCCAGCAGUGGAUUGCUAGCUGCGAUUGUUAGUUUAUCGUCACCGUCGAAGUUUGUGCCUCGUGAUGUUGGAUAUUUCAAAGGAUACUCGAAAGCUUUAAGCGUCCUUAGUGUUACAAAACAGAUAUUUAGGUACACAAUGCGAUUAACCGUGUGAUAACGCGCAUAUUCAAAACAGAAUCUUAUUAAUCGUUAAUCAUGAGAUUAAUAAUGAAACUAGGAGAUUUUUUUUAAUACUUUCCAAAUGUUAAUAUUUUCUAUAUAUACUCACUUUAUAUUCUACAUAUAUAUGUAAGGUACUUUUACUAUUUUUGUAAGGUACUUUUACUUACUUAAUUACUUAUUUACUUGAAUUAAACAUUAUUUUUUUAAUAUAUGUCCGUAACAGUAAUCAACGUAGAGGUCACAGUCGUGAAGAGGUAAUUAAGAUUUUUGUCUUUGAGAACGAAGUUCGAUCUUGUGAAGCUCUCUAUCAUAUGAAAGUCAUUUAUCUACCCCGUCUCCUUAAAUAUUGCAACUCAGUGAUUUAUAAAAAUCGUAAAUUAUGUUACUCUGCUGUAUCUUAUACCUGUAUAUUUUAUUAUUUUUGUUUUCUUCCUGUAGAUUUAAGCUAUCUUUCGAAUUUGCACAAUGAGUAAUAAUAUAUAGCAUUAUGCGAUUUCUCCAAGAUGCAUUAUCGCCAGAAACGGAUUAUAGACGUCAAAAUGCAACUUUGUCCCACAAGAAUAUUAUUUAGCGUAUGCAUGUGUGUUUAUGUACGUGUUUUGCAAGAUAUAUAUUUUAUAAAGCAUAUUUCGAAACUUA